GGGACCCACGCCAAGUCGAUUCCAGCUCAUCAUUCGCGCACGUCUCUUCUUCGUCUCCCGGGCUGGCUGUCAGGGGAGGCAGCAACAGCGAAGCCUACUGAUUUUUUGGUUGUGAGGAAAUUUUGGAGGAGCAGCCCAUGGAUCGUCCGUCCUGUACUUCGAUUCGGCUCCACUAGCUGUUCUUGUAUUGAACUCCUCGCCUCCAAGCCUCCAAUUCCAUUCGAUUUGACUCGGUUCCCCUCCCCUCCCUCGUCCAUGGAUGCUCGGAUCACCGGCGGCGGCGGGACAUGCGUCGUCGGAGAAUUUGUGUGGGACGUGGUGCUGUGGCGCCGUGGCCGCGCCGACGUCAGCGCCUGCCUGCUGGCGGCGACCGCCGCCUCCUGGCUGCUCUUCUACGGCGCGGGCCGCGGCUACACCGCGCUCUCCGUCGCCUCCGACGUGCUGUUGCUCCUCCUGACGGUGCUCUUCCUCUGGGCCAAGGCCGCGCGCCUCCUCAACAGGCCGGCGCCCCCCGUCCCGGAGAUGCGCGUCCCGCAGCACGCCGUGGACGAGGCGGCGGCGCUGCUGCGCGCCGCACUCGACGCCGUCCUCUCCGGCUUCCACGACAUCGCCACGGGCAGGGACUCGGUUCUCUUCUGCCAGACCUUCCUUUGCCUGUGGGCCGUCUCGAUCGUCGGCAGCCUCACCGACUUCCCCACCUUCUGCUAUACGAGUAUCGUGGCUGCUCUGACCCUCCCGGCAUUGUACCAGAAAUACCAAGAAUGCGUCGACACAUACAUGAAGUUUGCCUACCUGAACCUGCGCAUGUACGAGAAGGUGUACGAGAGGUUCUCCAUGAAAUGCUUCAUAAGGGUCAGGGAUUGGGUCAUGGAGAUACUCAAGGAUCCAUGACCAACUCGCACCGCUUGCUUUUACAAGGAUUGAAUUUGAUUUGAUUUGAUUUGAUUUGAUUUUCUUCUCUCUAGUUUUCUUUGAUUGAGCAUAGCAUAGCCUUUAUCAACACAGGGAAGGGUUGAAACAUAGAAGGAAAUGAGUAGUUCUGAUGAUUGUUUGUUUGCUUGCUCCCAGUGGUGUGCUGGUUGCUUUGAUCUUCAGCUGCUGCCGCUGUUGUUCAGCCAGGAGCUAGUCUAGUGUGAUGCAUCUUAAGUGGCUGCAGCUGUUCCAAUGUAAUUGCUCAGGGCAGCCACAAGCUCAGUCUAGUGUGUGAUGUCCCCCUAGCUGCUUUCGUCUAGCAGUUGAGUUUGUACAGAAUGAGAAAACUCACUGUUAACGUUUUUCUCAUCUCCCUGAAUGAAAUGAACCGAAAUCCGUUUGGCUU